AUGGAUAAAUUAUAUUUAGUUUGGUCAUUGUUAGUCGUUGUUUUAGAAGCUCGCGGAGAAAUAUUUGAUAGGCAUUCGGGAAGCAAAAUUGGAAGUGACUUACAUACAAUUAACAGAACAUGUGCGAUAGAUGUGAGGCCUUGCCAGCCACAUGAAGGUAGCAGGGUCGACGGUACAUGCAACAAUUACAAGUAUCCCUCCAGGGGAUCCGCCAGGGGACCUUACCUGCGUCUGCUGAAGCCAGACUAUGGCCCGAAUGGCAAUAUUCGUAAGGAUAGAAACGGGAAAUCUCUGCCGUCUGCCAGGAAGGUUAGGACAGAAUUGCAUUCGACGGGUCGAGUAAUAGAUCAUGUUAAUUUCAAUGCAGCCGCUGUAACAUUUCUGGACUUCAUCAACAGAGAUAUUAGUGUCGUAGAUGGAAUCUUGGAUUAUUUAAGAAGAAGACAGUACUGCUGCGAAGAAAGAGGCAAAUUAGACUACCGCUGUGCUCCCAUACAUAUUCCUCAUGACGACCCAUACUUGAGAAUCAACUUCCAAACCCCGGUAUUAGAUCUUUCAACCAUUUAUGGAGAGGAUGAAGAAGCUCUCAAAAAAAUCAGGAAGUACCAAUACGGUCUUAUAAAUGAAGAGAUAAGAAUGAAUAGAAGAGUACCACUCAAUGAAACCGGGGAUGUAUGCUUUCAGAAUACGAAAAGUAAUGGUGUGUGUUAUAAAUUUGGUUAUAAAAACAUGGUGGCUUCCGGACUCAUAUCUGAGCAGGUGGAUUACGUGACCGCGUAUAAUGAUGACGCAGUGCCUCUUGUAUUUGCGGAAUAUGAAAUAGCAAGGAGAUAUUUCAGAACUUUGCUGGACGGCCGUAUCAAGAAAUACAGUGAACGACAUCAUUAUGUAGGUGAAUUCUCGUACAGCGAUACAUUGUUCAGACAAGAAUUACUUGAGAUCGAUACUAAUUACGAAGAUAUCAAUAGAGGAAUAUUUUACCAACCCGCAGCCAAAGUAGACGACAUACAAGAUCCUGACAUUUCAGAGAAGUUUUAUGGGCAGCUGCAGAACGCUGCCGAUCUUGUAGCCGCUGAUAUUCAACGAGGGAGAGACUUAGGAGUGCAAGGUUAUAAUGCCUAUAGAGAACUUUGCGGUCUUAAAGCUGCUAAGCACUUCGAAGACCUUUUAGAUGUGAUGAGUGUCGAGAAAAUGGAAUUUCUUAAGAAAUUGUAUCAUGAUAUAGAAGACAUCAACCUCCUCGCUGGCAUUAUGAGCGAGAAUUUAAUGCCAGGGACUUUUGUUGGGCCAACACUAUAUUGCAUCAUGACAAAACAAUUCCAUCUCAUGAGGUUUUCUGAUAGAUUUUGGUUCGAAAGAGGAGAUCAAUACCACAGUUUUACACCAGAAUUGGUAUCAUUAUCAAAAAGAACACUCUCGAACCUACCGAAAAAUUAAAUAACACAUUAGAAAUAACAUAGAUCAUCAGCCAUUUUACGUCUCCAUUGCAGGGCUCAGACCUUCCUUAUGGAUGGUUAAGGAGGAUGGGCUAUGACUCUCCACGCUAGCUCAAUGCGUAUUGGAGGGUAUUAACACUGUAAAUGCAGUUGCAGACAAUGAUUUGGGGGAUAUUUAUUAUCCAGUAUAAUUUUAAUCAUAGCACAGAUAAGGGGGCGUCCAUAAAUUACGUGAGGUAAUUUUUUAAUUUUCUGACCCUCCCUCCCCCCCUGGUGAGAUGUCGUGAGAUUUUAUUCAACCGCCUCCCCCAUUCCCCAAUCUCACGUGAGAUUUUUCAAAAUGCAAUUUGAUGAGUACUUGCGAGUAUUUGCCUUGUUGUAGUAUCGAGUAUAGCUUUUGAAAGUAUCGAUGCCUACUCGAUAUCGAAAGUAUCAUUCGAACCCUACAAAUAUGGUGGUUUGACAUUCAGUAGAUGUAUAGCGUCGAAGUAUGAAUGAAAUUAUUUUCUUUUGAACGAAUUAGUGAAUGAUCUUAAUCGUAUACGAUUACGCUUAAGAUUAAAUCUUAAGCAUGUACAAUCUGGAUUAAAUGGACCAAAAUAGUAUUUUUGUGUUUUUGUUUCAACCAGAAAAAAAAAUUGCGUGAUAUUUGCCGAGACCCCCCCUCUCUCCAACGUAAGAUUAGAUGAGAUUUGCAUCCCCCCUUAAACAUCUCACGUAAUUAAUGGACGCCCCCUAAGUAGUUCAAUAUUUUGUAAACAUUUUAAAAAUUUAAUUAAAUUCAACAGUUCAACUCCAGGAAGUAAGAAAAACUAACAUGGCACAUUUCACUUGUCUCAACGUCGAAGGUAUAAAAACUCUUCAGCCGCAAGCAUUCCUUCAAGUUCAACAUGGCAAUGAGCCAAAUCCAUGCUCCCAAUACCUAAUACCGGACAUUAACAAGUGGUACGAUGACUCGUGCCGUCAUCAUGAAGACGACGAUCUUUAUUAUCCUGAACAUCAACAACAUCGCCUUUCAAUCCAAGACCGUAAACAUAAUAAACAUGAUAAUGGUUCUGAACAACAUCCUCGAGCUCAAUAUAAGCAUAGCGGAUACAAAGUGGAACAUGUUUUGAACAAACACCGCCAUGGUUAUUCUACUUAUUAA